UAGGAAUGUACGCAUGUGAUAUGAUUGUGCAGAAAAGAGCAUUCAGUAAACUGCCAGCUAGCUGGAUACUCACAGAGGUUUAAACGAUUAACUAAACGCACUAUGGCGUUUAACUUUGGCCAAACAGGCACUGGAGGGUUCAGCUUUGGGGCUCCUAAAACUACAGCAUCAGCCCCAACAGGCUUCGGUCUGCAGAGCAGCAGCACCCCUGCAGCCGGGGGCUUCUCUUUUGGGAGCAGUCAGCCUCAGACUCAAACCUUCGGAAACCCCCCAUCACAGAUCGCAGGACUUCUUACACAGUCCACACAGAGUAAUGGCAGCACUCAGGGUGGAUUCAGCUUCGGAGCCCAAGCCCCAAGCGCCCCAUCCACUGGAGGCUUCUCCUUUGGUGCCUCUCUUCCAAAACUAAGCACGCCUGCAGCAACACAGCCGGCAGCAUCACAGCCUGCUCCCACAGGUUUGACUCUUGGGGCUUCAACUGCUGGGACGGGCUUCUCUUUCGGAGGUCUGUCCGCUCAGACGUCUAUAGCCCCGCAGCCUACGGGAGGAUUCAGCUUUGGAGCACCUAAAGUUCAGGCAACUUUAGGUGCACCUGUUCAGCCCACCCCUGUACAGCCCACCUCUGCCCUCUCUCUAGGGGCACAAUCCACAGGUUUGACUCUAGGAGCUCCCACUUCUGCCUCCACCGUCCCAACAACUGCAAUUAACUUUGGAAUCAAAGCUUCAGCUACCCCAGCACCUGCCAGCUCUGCCCCGAACACCACAGCUCCAAUGUCUUCUCUGUUUGCUGCACCUAUAACCUCAACACAACUCGCAGGAUUCACUCUGGGCUCUUCAACAGCCUCAGUGGCCCCUGCAAUGACAUCAUCAUCCAUGGCUCCCACAAGCCUAACACUGAAACCUCUAGGAACAGCACCUACUACAACCACAGCUUCUGCAAUCACAGGAGCUUCCACAGGCUUUAGCCUCGGACUGAAGACGGCCAUAUCUACUGCACCAACCGCUAUAGCCGCUGUCACAUCUACUUCUGCUGUCACAACCAGCGCUGCUCCAGUGAUGUCAUAUGCCCAGCUGGAGGCUCUGAUCAACAAAUGGAGCUCUGAAUUAGAAGACCAAGAAAGACACUUUCUUCAGCAAGCAACUCAGGUCAAUGCCUGGGACCGAAUGCUGGUAGAGAAUGGAGAGAAGAUUACAUCUUUACAUAAAGAUAUGGAGAAAGUGAAACUGGACCAAAGAAGGCUUGAUCAAGAACUGGACUUCAUCCUCUCGCAGCAGAAAGAGCUGGAAGAUCUUCUCGGUCCGUUAGAGGAGUCCGUCAAAGAGCAAAGCGGGACUAUUUACAUGCAGAACGCAGAUGAGGAACGCGAGCGAACGUACAAGCUGGCAGAAAAUGUGGAUGCCCAGCUAAAGAGGAUGUCCCAAGAUCUGAAAGAGAUUAUCGAACAUCUCAACACAUCCAGUGGGCCUGCUGACACCACUGAUCCGCUUCAGCAGAUCUGCAAAAUCCUCAAUGCACACAUGGACUCCCUUCAGUGGGUGGAACAAAACUCUGCUUUACUCCAGAGGCGAGUGGAAGAGGUGUCAAAGUUGUGUGAAAACCGCAGCAAGGAACAAGAGAAGAGCUUUCGUUUAAACUUCCAGUAAACAUGCAGAAAUUGCUUCAUCAGCUGUAAAUGAUUGUCGUUUUUGUUAUUUGCUUGAAAAUAAAAUACUUUGUACCAGU